UUCUUCUCCUUCCUCGUGGCACCCACCUUUUUCUGCUUUCUCCAUUGAAGAAUUCUUUAAGAUCCAGCCUUGUAAUUUCUUUUCUGUUAAUUUUCUGUUUUUUUUUUCAAGUCUUCAAAUUUAAUACCUAGUUUUUUCUUCAUCUUUCAGAACAGAUCUGAUGAAUUUUAGCUGUACGUUUCAAAAUCUGGUCUGAUUUUGUUUUUUCUGUUCCGAAUCUGUCGAAAUCUCUCUGUUUAUUACACAUCGUGGAAUUAGACACCGCGAUUUGAUGAGAUAAAAAUAUUUCUUGAAAUUUUGGGGGUUAGAUUCGUGCAGAAAGUGUAGAAGUGAAAAGAUUUGCUUGUUUCUGAGGUGUGUUUGUUUAGAUCUGUGUUGAUUUGCUUGGAUUUUCUGUUUGGAUGAUGGGAAAAUUUAGGGGAAAUUAAAAUAAGCGCAGUACGGGGAUUAGGGGCUUUAUUUUCUCGUCUUUUACUUGAUCUCGAACAUCGAGCGUUUAGAUUUUUCUUUUCUUGCAAUAAAUUUUUUAUUUAUGAGUGUUUUUAGAUCUGUGUUUUGUUUGGGAAGAUUGACUGAAUUUAUGUGUGUUCUGUUGGUAUUUAUAGGCGUUCUUCUGUAGAUUUGAAGAUGAAUCAUUGUAAUCUUCAGCAGAACGCCGUUGUGGCCUGUGAGGAGAUGAGAGGCUUGCUUUCCAUCUCUGAUCUGAAGGGCCCAGUUAUUUGCCCCAAGCCUCGGCGAGUUGGGAUGCUGGCUAAUAACCCUAACAGAUCGUUGAGGUGUUAUGUUAGCCAACAAGCUGAGGUGUGUGACUCAACAGCCGGGGCUGAGCUUCUAGAUAUCAUUCUUAGGAAGGAGGAUUUUGUAACAGAACCACCUGUCACCCCUGUAGCCUCAUCACCCCCAUUUUUUUGUGGGUCUCCUCCAAGCAGAGCUGCUAACCCACUUGUACAUGAUGCUCGCUUUGGAGACGAAAGACUCACUCCCAUUCCAUCACUGCAAAUUCCAUCCCCAUCAGGUUUAUCAUCUCCAUCAUCAGCAACACGCAAAGGAGGAUGUGUUAGAAUGAAGUAUGGCCUCAAACCAGCCGCAGUUAGAGUAGAAGGUUUUGACUGCCUCAACAGGGAUCGCCAGAAUUCCAGCAUCCCUGCCAUGGCAUAGAACUCCAUGAAACUAAGUGUACAUAAAAUGAAGCUAAAUGCCACCACAGAGCAGAAUUAACAAGGAGGGAAUUUUGGAUAUUUUUGGAGAAAGCGAGAGAACUGAGAUAUUUCUGUGAGUAGUGUAUAUACAAUGUCAUUUUGUUCGUGAUGUAUUUUAAUCACUAAUAGGGCUGUAAGUAUAUUUUGAAUGAGCAAGCGAUAAGGCAAACCUUGUUGUGAAGAAGGGUUUGAAUUUGUUGAAUGGCAAGGUUCUUUUUUGUAAUAUAAAAUGGGUUAGUUCUGAGAGAGUUGUUUGAAUUUGUUCUGAGGAUCCUCACCAUGGCAAAUUCCUGUAUAGUGCAUAUUGGUGAUUAGGAUUCCUGUCAUUCACUGCACAAUGUAAAAGUACUUGGCAAAUGCCAAUGACUUGGAUCUUAUAAAUAUCAUCUUCUUCUUGUUAAUUCAGUUUUCCACUGCUUAUAGCCUGCCUGUUGCAUGUUUGUU